CCGAUGUGCGACUUCCAUAAGACUACCCAUCCUUGUCAGCAAAGCUAUACGGCGUCGACCUGUUGGCCUUUGGUUGGACAUAGAGCCGUCGACAAGUCCUUUGGAUUGGGCUUUGCUAAGAGGAGCACGUCCUAGGCUCAUUCGCGAGAGUGAGGAUAUUAGUGAAUUAGCCAGAGUGAGAAAAGGGCGCAGAUUUUCUGGUCGCCAUCAGACCCCGCGAUCUCCACAAAGCUACUGACCAGUCCUAUGAAGACAUCGGCUCCUCAUCAUCCCAUUUCUUCUCGCCCACAAGGACAGGCUGCAGGCCGUUCGGGUGAUGGCCAGGCGAGCCUAUCCCACGCAUGUUCCUGCAUUUUUGGCUCUUGCAUCCGUCCUUUUCAUUAGCUGCGGCGCGAGCUGUAUAUAUUAACUUGGCUGUUGGACAGGGCCAAGGCGUCUGUCAAACGACACCGGUCCGCCACCGGCCUAUUCAUUAUUCUGGAGGUCUUGAUCAACCUAGAAUGUGGACGCGUCCCCUCAAAUUCGCCCAAGGAUUACCCCGAAAUCGAAGGGUUGUCGAAGUGGUACUCACUGAUUGGGCCAGUGCCAGUGUGUGUAAGUCGCUCCACGGUCGUCUUGAUCUUUGACAGGCCAUUCCGGACCAGAUGGCUAGGUAUGCUUCUUGGUCUACGAGCUCGAGGUUCACCGCGAGGAACGUAGCAUAGCGUACAUAGCUUUACCAUGCGCUGCCAUUCUUCUGGAAGUCUACAGCAGCAUCACGCUAGGUGUAUGCAAGCUGGCG